GGUGGGCCCGCGGUUGCUAGCCCGCUGUGGGGUGCAGCGGUAGGCGGGAGUGACAUUGGGCUGCGGGGGCGGCGGAGGCUGCAGAAGCGCGAGGGCCCGGUGUCCGGUACGACCAUGGCUGGCGCGCUGGUGCGGAAAGCGGCGGACUACGUCCGCAGCAAGGACUUCCGGGACUACCUUAUGAGGUGCGGCGCGCGGCCGGCGGGACCCCGGACCCACGCCGCCCACCUCGUCGCCGCGCCGGCCAGGGCUGCCCCACGCGCGCACUUCUGGGGCCCAGUAGCCAACUGGGGUCUCCCCAUUGCUGCCAUCAAUGACAUGAAGAAGUCUCCAGAGAUCAUCAGUGGACGAAUGACAUUUGCCCUCUGUUGCUAUUCUUUGACAUUCAUGAGAUUUGCCUACAAGGUGCAGCCUCGAAACUGGCUUCUCUUUGCAUGCCAUGCAACAAACGAAGUAGCCCAGCUCAUUCAGGGAGGACGGCUUAUCAGAUAUGAGAUGACUAAAAAGGCAUCUGCAUAGAAAUGGAAGGAACAAGCUCUUGAAAGGACAGCACCCCAGCUACUGCUGCAGAGUCACAGAUUCCAUCAGCAUGAAUAGGAGGAAAUGUGGAAUGCUAUUUUUACUAACCAUACCAUUUUUAUAGAUAUAGCUGAGAGUCCCUAAACAAACUCUCUGCUGCCUUACAAGUAUUGAAUAUUUUCCCUUCAUAGAGUAGCUCAAAAUAUGCAAUUAACUUAAUAAUUUCCAAUGAUGGUUUUAUCUGUAUUCAUACACAUAUUAUCUGUUGGGAUUUGCUUAAUGAAAAACUGAACAGAGCAAAAUUUUAUAACUACUCACAUUUAAAUACUCAGACUUCUUGACUUUAAUGACUGCAAGAUAUCCAACAACUUAACACAUACCUAAAAUCUGAUCUUCAGUGUUUGAAAAACUGUCUGUGUAUUUCCAUGCAGUAUGUACAUUGAGAUGCAUGCUGUAACUUAAAUGGCAAUAAAUGAUUUAAAUAUUUGUUAUAUGAAA